AUGGCAGGUUUUCCAGUGAUUCAAAUAACAGAAGGCGAAUGGACAUCAGUGAAAUACUGGGACGUUUUGGGAGUAAAAAUUCCAUCGUUUUUCACAAAAGAUCCAGAGUUGCUAGCCGACUAUAUUUCCCAUUUCGAAACCCGACCAGAUGACGUGUUCGUCGUUUCAUAUCCCAAGUCAGGUUCGUACUCUCAAGGUGCUAUUUACAAUAAUUUAAACAGAAUUAUUGGAUAGUACUCAAAUAAUGCCAUUUCUUAGUCAUAGACGAUGGUUAAUUAGGUGCCCCAGCCCCCCAUUUUUAAGCAUCUAUGUCCACGUCACAGUCUCCAUCAACGGUGGAGUUGUCCCAAACGAUGAUGAUGAUGAUGAGACGUGACAAAGCAGGACGAUGUGGACGGGCACAAUCGUCGAGAUGGAACAAGUAAAAUCUAUUCCGACGAUGUAACGAUCGCAAAUUAGAGACCUUACGAUCCCACAAAACGUCACUGAAAAACGGACUUACCAGUUCAAGUCUUUUCAAACUUUUAUGACUAAAUAAUCAACAUGUCACGAGCGUGGGAUAAAGAAAAAAUCUGAGUCCCCGACAGGAUUCGAACCGAUGACCUCCUAAACACCGGGCGAGCUGCGGAGAACUCAUGGAGAGCAAGGCCAUGUACUAGGUUUCUAUUUCUCUUUGUCCCAAGCUCUUGACAUGCUGAUUAAUUCAUUUUCAAAUUUCAAAGUUCACCCAGCUUAAAAUGCAUCCUCUCUCAUUCUUUUCAGCUAUUGUUUAAAAGUUGUGCGAUUAAUCUUUAACCGAAGAGAGGGGAUGAAGUCCAAGCUCAUAUGAAUGCAGAAAAUUUCUCGCAGUUUCACUUUCACGUUCCAUAGAGAACUUCGAAUUUGGUCAUUUCGCGUCGUAGGUCCGUAAUCUCAAGAGGUGAAGAUCACGGCAACCGGGGCUAUCACAGAACAGCGUUCGUCAUAGAUAUACAGAGUUUCAUGUAAUUGGGUAAAAUAUAGAAUGUGCACAGUCACUUUUUGAACGUUCAUGUUUAAAAGAACGAAAACGAUAGGUUGCUUCAAUUUUGCAUCGCUCGUUGUCUUUAGGAACAACUUGGGUGCAGGAAAUUGUCUGGCAAAUUUACAAUCAGGGAACAAUCAGCACCGAAAGACAAAUGCUCCGGAUCCCAUACUUUGAAGGCGCUGCCUGCAGUGCUGUCAGAGAGAUGUUGGUUGACUUUAAAACUCUGCCAAGCCCUCGUCUGAUGAAGACCCACCUUCCUUACCCAACUACCCCUAAAAGUGCAAAAAAAGAUUCUCAGUGUAAAUAUAUUUACGUUGCUCGCAACCCGAAGGAUGUGGCGGUGUCUUACUUUCAUUUCAUGGAGGACUGGAAAAAGCUUGGCAUUUUUGAUUUCAGUGGACCAUGGGAAUUCGCCUGCAAGUUGUUCAUUGAGGGCAAUGGUAAGUCUUCAUAUUCUGAAAGGAGAAGUGUACCACAGCAGAUUAGCUGCUAUAGCUACGAGAAGGAAAGUGGCCUGAGUUAAAUUUUGCAACUUCUGAGGAUGUUACUAGAGACAGGGAAAACAACCAUGGACUUGAAGAUUCAACGACGCGACGGCAAAGAGAACGAUUCUUAAAAAAGUGAAUUUGCGUUCUUUCAGUCUUUAUGGCGAUUAUUCCUACCCACUUUCUUUAUCAGUCAUGAUCAAUUGUAGGCGAACCCUCCUGGAGUUAAAUUCUUAAGAACCUCAUCCAAGUUCAGAAAGAGAAAUAGAAUUUCGCCGUUCCUUGUUUGUGUACACCAUAAAACGCGAGAUUAGGCAUUUUCACGUCGUAAUCGUAAAAAAACGCGCAAAGAAAUGUACAAAAAAGCGUGAUGCACGUGCAAAAUUGUUUUUUUGCUUUUACCUUGAUUUUUUGACGUUCUCGUUGCCGUCCGCGUAGUUCGAUCUUAUGAAGUCCCUAAUAGCUGACCGACGCGUCCUCAGUAACGGUCCCCUAAAAAAUUGCUGGACGCAUUUCGGCUUUAGCCCCCUUCUCGUUUCUAACGCGACGAAUGACAAACGGUUCCGUAUCCUUUUGUACAUUACACACGGAAAAAAAAUGAUCGUGUUAUCUGUACCAAUCUACGCUAGAUACAGAUUAAGUGGAAUAUUCCGACAGAAGACUCGAUUACACCAGCCUCGUCGUUCAAAGUUUUAUUUACAUCUUUGGCGUGACUGUAAAAUAUAGAUUAGCCCAAGUGUCACUAGCCUGCGUGGCAGGCGUUCGAAAGGGAAGGGGAAGGGAAUUAGGGCGCGAGACCACGCGCGAGGGAGGAGUGAUUCCUGUUUCCCUCGCGCGCCCAAAUUCUCCCUUCCCCUUCCCCUUUUAACCCCCGCAACGCAGGCUAAAGCGUCACUAGCCUGCUGAGCAAACAGACGGUAUUUUGCGACGUCACCAUUGGUUUCCCCGCAAAAAGACGUGUGAGGAACGAGCGAAAAAAAAUUCCAUACUGAUGACGUAUCACUACCCAGAUAUGGGUCGUGCUGCAAGGGAAUUUGCUUCAACCAAUCAGAAGCACUACCCAGAUCUGUGUAGUCACGUCAUCAAAGUGGAAUUUCUGCGCUCGUUCCUCGCAUGUCAAUAGGACGAAGAAGCUUAUUAUAUUACAUCUUACCAGAAACCCUUAUGAGUUUCUGAUCUUACUCAGUAAUAUUUUGUUGUCUGUAGUCGCUUGGAACGCUUGGAACGACCAUGUUCUUGAUUGGUGGAGACAUAAAGACGAUCCCAAUGUCUUGUUUCUCAAAUAUGAAGAUUUGCACAAGGUAAUUUUGCAGUUUCCUUCUAAUUAGUCAGGAGCCGAUUACUUAUCCUGAAUUAGUAGCAUAAAAACUCUUAUUUCAGUGGCAAUGGUUGGAGUGAUACAUACUUGGGAAGUCAUGAUCCCAGGAUAGGAGUAAGAGGAGGGGGAGGGAGGUGGUGGCGUAACUCGGGUAUGUUAAUGUUGGUUAUUAGGGACCUUAUUUGGGGAGUUUAGUCUAGUAUAGGGUAGCAAAAUUCACUUGAACUAUAUCUGGUAUAGACUAAGGGUUCCAGGGUCCCAGCGGCACAUCCCACAUCCCCACAUCCCCACCCAAAAAGUCCUAAAGUACUCCCCCCCGGAUAACGGAUAGCAUCCGUGAGGGCACGAAAAGCCACCAGGUGUAGUUGUAUGAACAGCAACGGCAUAGAAAUGGACAAGUCGUACUAAAUCCCAGUCUUCACUCUUAAAUAUUCACUUCCGUCUUAGUUGACUCCAGUCCUCGCAGUUCACACUGCACGAAAGUGUGGCACAGAAACUGCUGUCCGAUAUGAGACAUUUCAUUUUUCGAUCGGAGCGCCGGCGCAACUUCGCUCCGUUACAAGAAUCGCCCUUGCAAAACACAGUUCUUAAGAAUGAACAUAGGCCCAUCUGGUAUAGUUUUCGUGUCGCAAAAGAGAAAUAGUGUAAAUAUAGCCUCAGAUUAUUGGGAGAGUUAGUCACCCCGAGAUAAACAUCCUUCAUACCAAUUGUGAAUACAAUCAUCCUUAUAUCUUUCUCAAUUCAAUUACAUACUUUAAAAUAAAAAUUCUGACUUAUCUUCUUUGAGGUCCGUACCGGAGUUAAGGACCGGGUGUUUUUUUCGCUCGGAGGAUUUAUAUUUGACCCGUAACUUGAGCUUUCAGCGCGAGGGCCAUAAGUCGGAACGGAAAAAAACGGGGUUCCGUAACUUGCAGUAUGGAUCGAGAAAGCUAGGUUAGUUAGAUGUCUAUUAUAUAUUUGGGUUAAGUAGACGCUAAAAAGGCAUCGAAGAUUUCAAUUCAAGAAGCACGCUGGGUCGUUGAUGGAAGGCACUUGUCAAAUCCUAAAUUUUUGUGUUCAAAAUCGUGGGUUUGUUUCAUAAAAAAACAUACAGCCCGCAGAACAGACAAAUCCUCGCGCGCUUACUAACUGAGAGAUAAAACAAUCUUAAUCCUUGUUGCUUGGUGCACUGAUGCUUCAACAGACGCAACAUUCUUGGCCAACAUUGUUGAGAGUUGUUGCGCCCGUUUGCACGUAGCUAAAAGUUUGACCGGUUUCAAACUUUACGCAACAACAAGCAACAACAGGUAAAAACAUACAACAUGGUGUGCAAACGGACGUCACAUGUAGCAUACACGAUGUUGCGAGUUGUUGGUCAACGAUGUUGCGUCCGUUUACACGGGGCUUAACAGUUUUGCUGGGAGGGGCAGCAUGGCCGAGCGAUUAAAGCGCUAGACUUGUAAUCUAAAGGCCCCGAGUGGAAGUCCCACCAGUGACAGCUAGCUAAAUCUGUUGGCCGCGAUUGUGAAAUGCAGUUAAAACCCGCAAGUAAGAACCGACAUUUUCCGAAGUUAGCCUAAACAGGUUCUUAUUUAAAUGCACCGUAGUUUUUAGGGAGUUAUUAUAACUCCAAAAAUGGAGUAAAAAUUUUAGGUACAGGAUAACCUCUUUUCUCUUUUUGGGUGUUACUUUAACUCCUAAUUUAACUCCGAAUUUGGGGUCAUUUUUACUCCUGAAAAAGAGUUCUUUUUACUGCCAGUCUGGAGUAAAUAUAACCCGAAAUGGGAUUAUUUUUACUCGUCACAUGGGUUGUUUUUAGUCUUUUUGGAGUUAAUUUUACUCUGAAAGUGGAGUAAAAGUGUUAGGUACAGGAUAACUCCUUUUCUGGGGUUAUUUUAACUUCUCAAUAUCUGGGGUCACUUUUGCUCCUGAAAAAGAGUUCUUUAAACUCCUUUUUGGAUUUAAAUAACUCCCAAAAAAAUAACUCCACCGUAAGGAGUUAAAUUAGCCCCACUAGAGGAGUUAUGAUAACUCCUUGAAAAUUACUGUGUGGUAGUUAACACAGUAUUAAAAAAAUAUAUAAAAAAGAACAAGCUACAAAACAAGAUGGUAAUCAGCGUAUUUUUCAAUUUCAAAAAGCGAUACAACAAUGUUAACCUCUUGCACUUUAUUUUUUUAUUACAUCAAUAAAUUAGCACUUGUAUUUGCACAGCAAUGCCAAGCUCCUAAUUCUCCAAACAGGAUUCUUGCACAGCUUUGCGGCUGCAUUUCAUUAAUAUGAUUUUAAAAAAUAAGAACCCGUUUUUCAUUUUCUAGGCUAAACAUGUUCUUGUUUAUAUGGGGUAUAAAUGGCAAAUGUUAGGCUAACAGGUUCUUAAUUUUCAGUUUCUUACUCGCGGGUUUUUACUGUAGCCAACUCAGUGUUCGCCUCCUACCUAUUGUGAUUCCUAACUUUCUUAUGUCUUCUUUGAAGUAUUUGUUUCAUCUUCCCUGAAAAGCCCCAUGUAUAUAAGAGGAGAGGAUAAUUAGUUGUUCAAAUUUCAAUUUCAAUUUCAAUUCCUCCUAGGAUUCACCGCUCCAUGUACGAAUGAUUGCUAAUUUUUUGAAUAAACCACUGUCCGAUGAACUCAUCAAUCGUAUUGCAGAGCAAUGUACAUUCAAGAACAUGACGAAAAAUGAGAUCAGUUAUAAGAUUCGGAACGAAGAGAGUUCCUUGCUUCUCCGGAAGGGAGUGGUCGGUGGAUGGAAGAAUUACUUCACUCCAGAACUGAAUGAGAGAUUUGAAAAGGAAGUGUUGGAAAAACUGAAAGGAACUGGAUUAGAGUUUGACUUUGAGAUAUAG